CAGAAUAUCAGGAAGGCCAUUGAGAAAAAUGUUGGCUGUGAAGAAGACCUCAUCAAAACGCUGCAAGAUGUCGAAAUCAAGAAACGGGCUGCUCGUAAGGAAAUUCUUUUGAAGAAGAGUGCCUUCUUGGGACAGCAGCGAAGACGACGGGAAAGUUUACCGGACGUUUUGGGACGAAAUGGUGAGAACCAUCAUUUGAUACUGAACAGAAAGAAAGUGAGCGAUGAUUUAAAGUUUUCGUCCGGGACACAUUCAUUCACUGCUCGUGAUAAAGACGCUAUGUUGUGUCGCUCUACUUUUAAAUUACCAAGCUUAGCAACUUCGACUGUUCGUAACACGAUACAAAUUGAAUCAGGAAAUGGAGACAAGAUUUGCGUACUUUCAGAGAGUCAGGAUAGUAAUGGAAAAACAGGCAACACAGUGAACCAUUCACAAGAAGUAUCAUCAAUGCAAUCUGUAAAUGAAAGAAACGUCGAGAGUGAGAGAAAUGCAAUGUUAAAUGAAAGCAGCGGUAUUGAGUCCGUUUUAGGAGCGCAUUCAUGGCCACCAAGCCCUCAUGUUCACCCUGAACAAAAGUCCAUUCUAAAGAGAAGAAAUUCGGUGGCGGACAUUGUGCACAGUAACAACAGAGCAGGCUGGAGCGAGUCCAUAACAAGACCAGCGUGGCUACGACGCCAAUCGCUGCAUCAAGUAAGAUUCUGCAGCCAAACCACGCCCCAAGCUACUAGCAGCAUUUCUGAUCCUUCGCUCCUUCAAUCGAAUGCAGAGUUUGUUCUAGAGGAUUCCACAUUAUCACGAUACAGAAAGGUGUUGAACAGAAGGAGCUCCAGUCUUUAA